AUGCCGAGCGAAGCUGGUCAUAGAUUAUACGUCAAGGGUCGCCACCUGAGCUAUCAGCGUGGCCGCCGUAACACCCACCCUAAGACCAGCUUGAUCAAGAUCGAGGGCGUUGAUGACACCGCUGCUGCCAACUUCUACUUGGGCAAGAGGGUUGCGUAUGUCUACCGGGGUCAGAAGGAGGUGCGCGGCACCAAGAUCCGCGUCAUCUGGGGCAAGGUGACCAGGCCACACGGCAACUCUGGUGUCGUCCGGGCGAAGUUCACAAACCCCCUUCCUGCGAGAUCUUUUGGCGCCUCUGUUCGCAUCAUGCUCUACCCCUCCUCGAUUUAA